CACGUCCAGCUACGUAUCGCCCGCGUCAUCCGUUGCAGCAUUUCUGCUAGCAUGGCUUCCUGUUUACCCUGUUUGUAUCCUCACUGAAGAUGGAAUAUUGUCUACCUACUUUAACACCUUUUUGUAAGAAGUGCCGGCGUGAGCGGGACAUCCCCCCGUCGGGACCCGGGAUCAGAGAGCCCAGGGCCGGACUCAGCGUGCUGUCAGAGGGCUCACCAUGCUGUUCUUACAGCUCCCUGAAGAUGUUCUCUAUCAGAUCCUGUCCUGCUUGGACUACAGAUCUCUCUGUCGUCUGUCUCAAGUCUGUAGAAGGAUUUACUACUAUGUGAACCGGGAUGUGGUGUGGAGGAAGAUCGCCAAAGAGUUUUUAAACACUGGAAUUACUCGGAGUGGGACGGACAUAUACCCUCACAUCCCGCUGAAGGAGAGAGUGAAGGUCGCUCAGAACUGGUACGAUGGAGUCUGCAAGAAGGCUGUUCCUCUCAAAUGGAAAACAAAAUUGUUGCCGUGGUUGCAGCUGGAUGGGGACACGGUGUUUCUGUCUCAAGCUGCAGAUAUCAAAGUGUACCGUCAGCGCCAGGACAGCGGGAGGCUCCAGCGCAGUCCAUUUGAGAUCUACUCGGGUCACAAGGGGGACGUCUGCCGCUUUGUUCUGACAGACUCGCACCUGAUAAGCGGUGGAAGCGAUGGUAAGAUCCUGGUCCACAGCAGAAAGAGUAACAUGUCGAUGGAGCUAUCCGGUCAUAACCAGGAAGUGAACUGCCUGGACUCUAAAGAUGGACUCAUCAUCAGUGGGUCCAGAGACAGAACAGCCCGGAUUUGGACUCUGGCUUCCAGCUGCACCAGACACACAAUUCCCAUGUAUGACAGAGUGUGGUCGGUUGCUAUUAGUCCCACAUUGAGCUCCUUUGUCACAGGCACUGCAUGCUGUGAGAAUCUCUCCCCGCUCUGCAUUUGGGAUGUUGACCGGUUGGAGUGUGUGUGCAGUCUGGGCUCAGAGUUUCGCCGCGGGGCCGGUGUGUUGGACAUGGUGUUUGAGUCUCCCUACCAGCUGUACACCUGCGGCUAUGAUACCUACAUCCGACUGUGGGACCUCCGAUUAAACCCACGGAAGUGCGUGAUGGAGUGGGAGGAGCCUCAUGACAGUGCUCUUUACUGCAUCCAGACAGACGGGAAUCACAUGAUAGCCAGCGGCUCCUCGUACUACGGCGUCGUACGAUUUUGGGACAAACGUCAGACGGAGUGCCUGCAGUUCUUCCAGCUGAGCUCGGACCCGGUGAGCAGCCCGGUGUACUGCCUGAGGUUCAGCAGCUCUCACCUGUACGCAGCCCUGGCCACCUCCCUGCACUCGAUGGACUUCAGACAGACCCCCAGUAACAUCAGAUGACACACAUGAACUCUGUUUAAAUUCAUUAGUGCAAUAAAUGUGUUUAUUUUUACAAUAAAUUUGGUCACAUUUUAAAAGACA